UCUUGACCGAGUUAGAGUCGCGAUGCACGUCUACGAGAAAAUUGUUCCCAAGUUGAGGCGUUCCCUGAAAGGAUCCUGCACAGACGUCCACAUCAAGAAAGGAUCACGCUGGAAAUGAGCGCUAGUGCAACAAUUGUUGCGGACGCAGGUGCGUUCUCUUCGUCUGCAGCUAUGGCUGAUGGGAGCGGGGAUGCUGCUGGAGCGUUUGCAUCUGUGCUCUCCGCACUCGGCGUGGAACAGUAUGGGAGCCGAGUGCUUCAAUACCUUCUCUCCCACGUUCCAAAAAUACCGGACAUCGCAACGCUCCAGACCACGGCUAUGGAUUUCGUCAUGGUGGAUUUGCCUCUUUUUUUCACGACCGACGUGCCGCGCUAUUUUUACGACAGUGCUGCACACGUGUACGGGUCCGUCGUUGCCUUUUUAUUGCAAUUGUAUGAAACGGUGCGCGCAGUCUUGAAAUUGCUUGUUUGGACUUUCCAUACGGGAGCCUGGUUCUUCGAGAUGCUAGUACGUCUGACAGCAAAGGGCAUUAGCCUGUGGAUGCAGCACGUUGGCGUAAUACCGCUCCUUGUCUUAGUGGGCUGCCUCCUGGUCGGACUGGUGGCGUCGACGCUGCUAACAAGACGGCGAUAUAAAGAAUUCAAGGUUCCCCUUACCUAUUUUUGGGAUGAGUCUUGCAGCUAGCUACAAAGAAAUAGUUGCUCAUAAUUGGUUUUUGUUUUCUUUGAAGUCAACACUUUCACUUUGUCCAGCCCUUCACCUUCUCUGCUAGGUGCAUCUCGGUGAGGUGAUCCGGAAGGUGUUAAAAACCGAAGACGAAACGGCCUUCGCAGCGCGAGUAAAGACAAUUCAGGCACAAACGUGCUUUGACGGAGCUCUACCGCUUCUUGCGGCUGGGUCAGAAGACGGUGGAAACUCGAGCUCUGCGGUUUUGAAUAAUACGAAGAGCCGAGGGAGCCCGGCCGUAGUUGGUUCAGGUGAUCAAGACAUCGUAACACUACGAAAACGUCGGGAACAGGCAGCACAAUCGUCCAGUGACGUUGAACCUAGGUCUUCAGAAGAGUCGUCUACUGGUUCCACGACUGUAGGAGCAGGCGCCACUAAACCUCCUCCAACUACCAUAGAAAUCAGAAGUAGGUCUGCGAAAAUAGUCCUCUACGUUCCAAACUGGCGUGGACACGCAGGAGAUGCUGGACGAGGUUUUUGCCAGAAGCUAGGAAAUGCGAUAGCAGCGGAGAGAUGCACUUCCGUUCGAUUACGGUAUCACGGUUUUGCAGGCAGCGAAACCGCGCUUCACUGCGCAACUGCGUCGGAUUUUAUUGAAGAUGUGGUUGUCGCAAUAAGACGGGAGAUAUCGGGGCUGGGGAGCGAUCUCUUGAGCAAGGAAGAUGUUGAAUCGCAGAAAAGUAAUGAGGUUGCAUCGUCGACGCAGCAGCUGUCAUUGAACGUGGACCUUGUGCUAGUCGGAUGGGGCCUCGGUGCUUCGAUCUGCAGCAUCGUCGUCAAAUACCUUGAACAGAUGUUCAAUCAGGGCAACCACGACAAAAGCGGAAGCCCAACAUACUCAAAGGACUUUCUGUUUUCCGCAAGCACAAGGUACAAGACAUAUUCACCUUCCAGCACUAGCACUACGACAACUUCAUCUACUAGUGAAACAAAAUUAAGCAGGCGAGAGUUGGCAUGUCAUUUAGCUUCUACCUCUUGCAUUCUCUUGCAACCAAGCGUCGAGUACCGUGCGCUUUUGACCGACCGCAUUACACCUCAUAUCCGCGAAAAGCUUCUACCGCAAUCGGGACUCUUCGCUAGCGGCUUCGGCGAUUCUGGCAAGCAGAUCACCGAUUUUGGUACCUUGUGCUCGAGAACGCAGGAACUACGGCUGCUCUUGCAGAUGGUUCACACGCAUUCUCUGCGUGAUCGUCUUUACUAUUUCGCACCACUGGUUGCUUUCUUUGUCCCAUGGUGGCCCGCAGAUGUGGGGUACUACAAUUCACAAUAUGAUAAAGAUGCAGAAGGUGGCGAAGCUGCAGGCACAUCUAGUGGCAAGAAAGCAGACGAAAAAAAGAAAAAUAUGAGUUUUUCGAAGACAUCGAAACGAUUGAAACGACGACAGGAGAUAGACCUGGUUGAAAAAGCAGUUGAGCUUUGUCUGCGAUGUCUGGCGGUGUCCCAAUGCUGGUAUUCAUCUGCUAGGUCAGAUGCGUCCAAAGACGGCACACUGCAGAACGAAAAAAACCGAAAUGACCACACUUUUGCGCCGGCGGCGUCGACCAGUCACGAUUCAACAAAGGCGUCACAACCAGAAGGAGGCUCAAAAACGGAGGGCAGCAGUGCAACUUCUUCGAAGAAGGCCCCUAAGAUCAGCGUGGAUCAUAAACCGCUUCUUCUGCCGAGUUCUGCUAGAAGAAGCUCUCUGUUUUCACUGGCAUCUUUUCCGUUGCGUUGGAGUUUGCGCGCAGUCUUGGGGAGCGUCCUCUCUCCUCUAGCAGAUGACGACUUUCUGACACACAUCAGUUGGUUUGAAACGCAGGAGUGGAUACCACGUCACCAUAUGUGCGCGCUUGUUGCACCUUGGCUAUUGGUCCGUCUCGCGCGAGAGCUGGAUAGAGAGCGUGAGGAAAAGGCAGGAACCUCCACUACUAUCGAUAAACAAGGUGCGGGUGAAGAUUCUGAUGGAAAAAAAGCAGAACAAGAGACGAUGAGUGUACGCACACUUGUCUUGCAUUGUGCAUCGAGUGGACCGCCCUCGCUCAGCAGUGAAGACCGUGCCUGUGUGCCACUAAGGACUGCCGAAAAAACGGUAUCGAUAUCGAAACUCAACGAACGGUUGCUCCUCGGAUUUGAUACCGACGCUAUUCUUCGAGAAUGUGCUGAUUUUCUGACAUAGCAGCAUAAACAGGCUCUUUGAGCUUGACUUUUUAUCUUUUGAGCAACCAAACCCAGAACGAAUAAGCCUCUAUUCUCAUUGUCUACCCUAGACCUUUUCCUUGGCCGCGUUCGCGACGCGCAAGAUGACAUGCUCUGCCGUGUGUAUUACAAACUAGCACUCCUCCAGGAGGUGCCAUUAUAAUUCUCUUCUUAGCGUG